UAUGCUUUGUGUUUACAGAUUGCUCCGUGAUUUAUGUUUCUUGUGUAACUUUGUUAUGGAGUAGCGAUUCCAUACAGUGUUGGGAUUAUACAUGACAGUGUAACGUGCAUCCGUGUAUGUCUGUACUUCUGUACACGAACGAUUUGGGAUAUUUACACAACAAAACAAGUGAUAACUGGAUUCGUUUAAUCCGUGCAUUGACUGUAACAUAUAACUCAUUACAGAUACCUAAAGAAUAUACAUGAUAGCUGGAGUCGUUUAAACCGUACAUUGAUUAUAACAUAGAACUCAUUACUGAUACUUAAGAAAAUACAUGAUAACUGGAAUCUUUUAAACAGUGUAUUGACUGAACAUCACAGCCACUUAGGAAUAUACAUAGAAUUGCAACAUGUAGAGUUCGCACCUGUAUACACGUGGUGGGAUCUGAAUGGGAGUGGAAAUACGUUAACUCUACAGGUAACUGGAGUCUUUGCACCUUGCAUUAACUGUACUAUAAGCAAUUGAAGUAUAGUACAAGAAUAGUACAUUGAAACGUUUGUUUGCGCUUAUAGAUGUGACUCAUUUCUAGUGGUUGUUCAAACUGCAACAACAGAGACUCGUGCGUGACUCGUGCGUCAAUGUGAGAUGGUUGUCACAUUCCAAGAUCAUUUCAUGUUUUAAGUGUUGGACCUUUUGCUCGCGAUAUCAUACACCUGACAUGUCAACGUGGAUGUUUGAACUAUGAGGUACAGUCAUGUUCUACAGAUAGCAUGCAUUCUUUUUGAAGUCCGCCAAGCCGCGUCUUACGAGGAGGGGGAAUGGACGGAGUGGUCCCAGUGGUCGGAGUGUUCCGUCACGUGCGGAUAUGGCCUUUACAAGCGCCAGAAGACAUGGCAGCCAAGUGUACCUGACAACCGCGGAGGAGGAGAUAAUGACCCGUACACGUUCGAGGACAUCCUGGAGUGUAUUACUAGAGUGUCGUGUCCACGUGAUGGAGCGUGGGGUUACUGGGGCGCCUGGAGCGAGUGUUCCCGUAUGUGUGACGGUGGCACAACGACUAGGAAACGCGAGUGUGUCGCACCUACACCGGAAAAUGGCGGCAAACCAUGUGAGGGCAAGGACCACGCUAAAACAACUUGUAACGAUUGGAAGUGUCCGUCCUUGCCAGACCACUUUGAUGUCCGCUUAUGCAACGAGACGACGUACAUGUGCCUGAGCCAGAAGCAGUGUAUCCCCGCGGCCAAACGCUGUGACAACGUGCUGCAGUGCCACGAUGGCUCUGAUGAGCACAAGUGUGAAUAUUUCUAUUUUUCCAGUGCAAAUUUUGUGAGCAUAUCAGCCUUGAUUUGGACGUGCCUGACAAGUUUGGUAUUGUUAACAAUGGGAUCCUGAUAGCAAUAGAACUGGAAGUGUUACAUUAAGUGCUGCAUUGAAUUUCUGUGUACCCAAAAUAUUACAUGGAAACAAACGGUUUCGAAUCUCAGAGUCAUAAGUCAUUUUACUCUAACUGAAUAAUGGACGUGGGUGUUAUUACACAUAUAUUAACAUGAUACAUAGAUGUGUACACUGAAUGAAUAAUAACAGUAUACAAAGAUAUAUUUUGAUCAAGGAGAAUAUGCAUAUGUGUUUGGAUAUAAAUAAGAAACACAUAUAAACGCCCUUUCUAGAUGAUGGUGUGCAAUGGGGUUUGACAUCAUGAAGUUUGGUGAUGAUCGGCAAACGACUUUGAGUUGAAACUGUUUUAGCGGUUUCUGGGUUUGGCAUAAGGUAGAUUGUUUUAGCGUCGUUUGGAUUGGCGUUUCGACUAGCAUAAAUAAACUGAAUAAAUAAUUACACCAUCGUUGUAUACACUAUAUGUAUGCAUUUGCCAGUUAUACAUGCAUGUAAAUUUACACUCGGAACCAUAUAUUGACUGUGAUAUUACGAAUAGGAAGCAAGUGGUAUCUACACAUCAGUGACCAAGACACUGCGAGUGAUAUACUGUGACAACGCUUAGAUAUUUCGAUAGGAGAUACGUCAUAUUACCAUUAAGUGAUGGUUUAAUGAUAGAUUUAAAGAUAUGAUUGUACAAUCGAAAUUAUAAUACAAUUGAAUGAAAUAUGGACUCAUUUAUUUAUAUUGUAACAAGGCCUGUUUUUCUUUGUUCUAUGUGAUAUGAACAUGUAAAUAGAAAUACUUUUAACCAAAAGAAAAGAAAAACAAAGAUGAGACAAUAUUUUAGGGAUUAGUGUAAAGCAAGCGCUUUUGUGUGAAAUAUCGACAAAUUCCAACAAACAAUAUUCUAACUCAUUGUUUAAAAACACAAUUUAUUGGGCUGCUAUUUAUUUCAGUUAGGAAAAUCAUCAACACAGUAUCCGUUAUUUAGGUCACAUAAGUUAUUGUGAAUGUAAUUACACCGACAAAUGUUAAACUCAUGGGUCAACACAGUUGAUACACUUCUAUAAAUGUGACGUUUUGGGGACCAUUUUACAUGAUUGUAUAAAAUAUUGAUACCGUGAAUUUGUUAUACAACCCUCUUUUCCGGUUAUUCUAAAUAUGUGGUAUGUACUAAAUAGUAUGAAUGUUUUGUCUUCACUGAAAAGACAGGCAUAAACAUGCGAUGAUUCCUAGACAGACGCGCUGAGAGCGAAAAAGGCUUUGUCUGAUUUUUCAUAUCAAAGUUUUGGGUUAGUUGAAAAUUCCCUGCAAACUGGAAGACAAAUUUAAUCCAGGAUUAACAAGAAUUCAUCGUGAUUAAUUCCUUUGGGUGCGGCGUGUCUCAAGAUUGGCAAUGCAUGGACAGGUGCAUUGCUGUCAUGAUUGUUUCGUUGAAACUAAUCUACAUACAUCUUUUAUAAUGUUAUAUGAUUGUCUCAAAGUUAUUGUGUGUAUUUGUUUAAGAUAUACGAAUAGAAAUGUUUGUUAAGAAGCGUAUAAAGUGUAUUUAUGUUAAUGUUUUAACAACAAUAUUAUUAUAAAAUGACUUGAAUAAA